AUGGAACAUCUAGGGUUUCUGUUCCAACCAAAGCACCGUCCGCCGUUAAACCUAAUCGGCGUGCAUGAAAUGCAAGACCGCAUCAAUUCUGAGCGAGGACUUUGGACAAUUGUCAAAGAAAUGCUUCAAUUGGAAGCAUUUCGGCAACUUGAAGUUAACGAUCAGGUCGACAAAUCUGGUUAUCGAUUGCAGUUGCAAAAAACGACUGCCGUAGAUCUUCAAGAGAAAAUAAAGGAACUACAGGAGCGUAUUCAAACCAGUCGAGAAUACGACAAGCUGCGACAUAGCUUGGAACAAAUGACAGGUGGCAUUUUAAAACGCGAAAUUCAAAUUUACACUGGUGUCGCCAAAAGCUACGAAUCCACGCUCAAAGAACUGGUCAGCAAAGGUGAAGCUGUGAUAGAACAAAAGACAAUACUUUCGCGAUUGCUGCAACUCCAAACUAGUAUCGUACCCGAAGUCAGCCAAUUCCUAGUUAAUAGUUUCUGUGAACGAAAUUUUGUUCUGGAGGGGCUCUUUGCUAUGUUUGGUGCAGAUGACAAUCAAAUCGAAGAUCUUUUUGGUCUGUUGAUGACUCUAAAGAACAGUAUAAAUCAUUUGGAUCAUCAGAUUGCCGCCGCAACAUCCGAAGUGAAUCACGCUGAAUUUCUAAAAGAUGUCAUUCGAAUGUGCACAAGAUUCUCGAAUGUUAAAUUGAGCACUUGGAAAGAAGAAAAAACCGCCUACAAGGAGUCGAUUUGUAACUGCAUUCUCAAAGAAAAAGUGGCGAUUUAUGAUACGAAAAAAAUAAUUGACAAUUUGGAACUGAGUCUCAAUAACCUGGAUCUUUCAUUCAAGCUGAAAGAAGAUUCCUUGCUGUUGAAUAGAACCAACCAUUUGUUGAAUGAGUUUUCUACAGUAAUGCAAAAAUGGAUUAAAGCGUCUACGACCUUGGAACAGCUUAAUUUGGAUUUAGUUCAUUGUGAAGCGGAAGUCUCUAACGAUAUCUCUGUGUUUGGAUUUUUUUCAACUGAGACUAUCAAUGGGAUAGUGGCUUUGAAGCAAUUCAUGGAAACUACCACAGACGAAAAUCUUUCAUCAAACUACUACGGAUUUGUUUACGAACACCUUAAAUUUUCAGAUAAGUCAAUCGGUAACCAAAUCUUUCCGGAAAUUUUGGAUCAUUUAUGUACUGCCGUUUUUCGCACGAUGCAUGCGGCGCAGAAAGUUUUAAAACAUCUUCCCAAGAAAAAUGUACGCUUCUUAAUCCUUCCACUGGAUAGUACGUUUUCUGACGAGGACGAAUCGCCACCCAAACUCCCCCCAAACUACCAACCUCUGGUGGAACUUAUCGAAGACCAUCAACACAAAACAAUUUUCCAACAUUUGUUUAAAUCGUACUUUUACACUAAAACGCCCCAAGAACAAUGCCCCCAGCUAUAUGACGUUUGGGGCAUCACUAUAUUCUACCUGCACGAUAAUAUUACCGUUUGCACCGACGACGGUCGCACCAGAGGCGGAAGUUUCCCUGAUUUUGACUGCUAUCAGGAUAGUUUGGAAGCCUGCAUACGACAGUCGCUUGAGAUGCGUCGAAUCAAGCAGAAGCUGGUCGAAUGUCAGCACAGUGUACGCGACUACGAGAAGCGGAUAGACAUGUUAAUCAAAUCGUUCAUCAACACACAGGUGGAUUCUAUAGACAGGUUUUACAAUCUACACAAACUCGAAGCACAGUGGGACAAGGUUCCGAUCUUGCUCAGGAAUCUAACUAAACAAAGGAUGACUUUGGCGCGUUUGGGAAGACAAAUGGAAGCCUGGAAUUAUCUUUUAACAGUUGUUGAGAAAGAACGUUUCAAUAAGCGCGCGUCCUACGAACUUCAGAUAGCCAAAUGCGAUCAAACAAUCUCGACUCGUGGACGUGAGAUACGUGCUCUUGAAAUGGAAUACGACAGGAAAUUGUGUCAAAUGAAGUAUGCUUUCUGGCAACUUCGGGAAAGACUGACCUAUGUCGGUGCUUUUGAUGGAACACUGGUUUCGAGUGCCGUACAUAGAGCUUUGGAAAAUGUUUCAGGACAAUGCAUGAAAAUGCUCUCCGAUGCCAUGGGCAAGAUUGAUGUUAAAGAGCCAAACUAUUUCGCUAUUGCCGAUCAGUUGGACUUACUAAAAGACGCCUCGGUAAACAUCGAAAUUAUGUUAUUCAACUACAAUGAGCGUUUGCGUGAGCUUGACCUAUUCAACCAAGAGUUGAGCAACCUAGCAAAAAAGCGCUUCAAAAACCUCAGAAUGAUAAAAAUGCCAAAAGAUGACAGGAAACUUUCGCAACUGUACACAUUUAAAAAAUCUUUGAACCAUUCACAACCUGGCUACCGUGACAGUGAACUGGAAGCAAUGAAGAUGAAGCUGAGUUUGUUGGAAACCAGAGAGAAAUUUAUUUCAAACUGUCGCACAACAUUCGUAUCGAACAUGAUAUUGCCAUGCGUGGAGAAAAUAUGCUGGAUUAAAUUGCGCUACAUAACAGAACUGAUGUUAAAAAUUCCGUUGAAAAUCCCUUCUGGCGGAUUGAAACUUAUUUUCCUGUAUGAUCAGUCUCAAUGUCCGGCUAUCGAACAACAAAAUUUACAUACGCCCAUUUUCACCGCACAGCACAUGGUUGGCAUGCGAUUCGUCUACGUCGAUCAGAAUGAUCAGACCAUACGCUUGCUAGGACAAAACGAUGCGGUUCUGGUCAACCUGCUGUUCUUCGUGACGUUCCUAGCCAUGGAAGGGUGUCGCUUUCUGAUGGUGCAUCACUGUUUCGAGGAUCUUUCCGACGAGAACAUGAAAUAUUUGGAACGUUAUUUGAAGGCUUUGAUUGGCAAUAGGAUGCAGUUGGUCAUCAGUCGAGACAGAAAAGAUUAAAUUUAAGUUUGAAAAAGGUGGUAACGUUUCUCAUUAUUUUUGUUUACUUUAAAAACAAGCAAAUUUGUUAAUGAUAAUACGAAUUUUUAAA